UGGCGCAGGUGGUUGUAGGUGUUCUGUGGCGUUAUAUUAUAAAUAGUGCCUAGAAUUCAACCGAUUCACCGUCUCACGACAAAUACCACUGUCACCGCUCGGUUCCAACCCCGGUUUGGUGUUUCUGGGCAAGCAUGUGAAUGUACGGGAGGAUCAUGGCUUACCCAUAAGGUGCGCUGCAGUGUACUGUAGGUGCGCUUAGCCGCAUAGCACCAGGAGCGAAACUUCUCUGGCGCGCGAUCCCGAAAGAUGGCGAAUUCAGACAUCGGUGUCGGGAAAAGCAUCGCCGUGCUUGCCAUUGUGGUCGGUUGCUUCACAGUCCUCUGGCCCAAAGUGUUUUAUCCAAUGAUGCAGGCAGCCUUUUCCAUGACGUUCUCACCACAGGAAGGGCAGGACGGCCUAAUCCCAGGCCGAGGGGCCCAGUCGCGAAUGCACGAAGCCAUGGGCCAGGCCCGACCUCACAACCCGGAGUAUGCCAGGGGUCGUCCGUUCCCACAUCCGUCGAUGCGUCAGCCCCCUCGACAGGCUGCCAAGACCGGUGGAACCAUGAAUCUGGUGAUGCCGCUGUACACAAUUGGAGUGGUUGUCUUUUUCCUCUACACUGUGCUCAAGUUGGUGUGCAAGAAGCCCCCACCUGCAGCAGCGCAAGACAGUGGGAGCCAGGAGCCGUGGUCCCGUCCCGACCCACGAGGCACCUCGGGCUUCGGCUCACCGGGCCACAGGGUCCACCCUGGUGACUCUUCAAGACAGAAUCCCAUGAGUGAAGUGGAAGAGCUGAAGCGGCGCCUGGCGCAGACGGAAGCCCUGCUGCAGCAGCUGCUCAUUCGACAGUCGGGUGGGGCUCAGUCGGCGAGCACCAGCACCAACAUGAGUCAUUCCAUCAAUCUGCUCGUCCGCGAGCUCUCCAAGGGAACUCCGCAGACACCUCUGCGGGAGAGGCACGAAGGCUUGCGGCAUCGCCGUCCCACGCACCAAACGUCGGAGGACGAACCCGCGUGCCCUUGCGGCGCGCCACUGAGCAGCGAGUCCUGCCAGGGCGGCUCGCAGCCCGACUCCUGCUCGGAAGGAACAGCCGAAAGCGGGGACGAAGCGUCACUACCAUUGGAGAGGGACACUGCUGCCUACUGAGCAACUCGGGGCAUAGGAAAGCCUGCUCACAACUCGAUAUGAGGCGAGGCAAAAUCGGUGGCCGCUGAAUCCGAUGCCAGCAAGACAGGACGAAGCAGCCAUGAUCACCUUCUAAACAAAAAGAGACACCGACCGGACCAAACGAAACGUAUAUAACAUUUCAGUUUCCAGCACGGAAGCCUAGUUCACGAUGAUAUAUCACUAGAAGUGAAUCGUUUAAAUGGAGCUUUAGCAGAACACACAGUCAAGAACGACCACAAGAUUGAUUGGGGCAACGUGAGAAUCAUCGCAACAGAAAAAAUGACAGAAUCACGGCAACAUCUGGUAUCACUUAUCAUAUAGACCACCUCUAACACAGUUAGUCUUAACGACGGAAAUCUUAACCCGAUCCUUCAUGCUCUUUACAGCGACUACUCGAGCCCAUUUAAAUGGUCCACUUCUGGUGACGUAUUCAUGGUGAACAAGGAUUCCGUGCUGAAAGCUGAGACGUCAUGAACGUUUUGUUUGGACGGGUCGGCGUCUCUUUUUUUGUUUAGAAUGUGCCCUCCCGGCCAGACGGGAUUCCAUCAUGCUUUCGACUUCAUGCACAUGCCAUU